UGGCUAUUCGUUCCCGUCGGAAGCUUUCAUUUAAAGCUCCCUGUUUUGCGUGCCCGUGUGUGAGUUUGUUCUAGUUUCGUUUGAUUCCUGUGCGCCACCCACCGAUUUCAGUUUUCCAGCCUUGAUUGGAUGUGUGAACGGGGUUUUCCCUCCCGCCUGGACGUUGGAUAGAAACAACGGCGAAAAAAACUGCUGUACAAGAGGGAAAACUAACAUUAGACUAAUACUGAAACCGAGCAGGAAUUUGUGAUAAUCAAAUAUUAAACGGAUUUCUGGUCGGAGUGCUUUUAGAGGGAUGAGCUUGUGAGAAAUAUUUUUCCCAUCGUGUGUGUGGGGUGGAGCAGCGAAAGAGCAGCAGCAGCACAUACGAAGGAGCGCACCUGUUAAUCUUGUUGAAUUGUAGUGAAAAGCCAGUGUUUGUUGGGUGGAACGUGUGAAAUCAAGUGUAAUAUUUCUGUUGGAAUGAAUAAUCGUGAUACGUGACUUGUUUUCAAUUAGUUUAUAUGUGAUAUAAUAGGAAAAACAACGAAUAUCCGUUACAAACAUAAAUCUUAGAAAAGUCUGUUGAACUGAGUGUAUUGUUGAUGAAAGAAAAUUGUUAAAUUGCUUGUUACAAGUUAUACACCUAGUAGAAGUGCACAAUCAUGUUUUCCUGCUGCCGUUGCGUGAAUCCCAAAUCACCGAAAUACAAGAAAAAAGUGGAAGUUGGCGAUUGCUCUGGCUCGAAGGAUGGCUGCCACGAUGAUAACUCAUCGGGCGAGGAGGAGAUCAAAGUGGAAAUAAUUGAAACCGAUGAGCGCCGGACGGAAUCUGAAGCAACAGUCAAAGGCUCGGAUGGGAAAGAGAAAGUGGCGGCAGCUGGAGAUGAUUCGUCCUCCUCAACGAAAGCAGCCUCGGAGGACGAAACGACGCUCCAGAGUCAGCAAGUUGAGGACAGCCACAAGACUUCGCCAACAAAGAGUACAGCGUCAAGUAGUGAACGAUGCCAGCAAUCAGUGACAGAAGCAGCAACGCAAUGCUUCGGAAUGGAGGAUGAAAAUGCGUCUCCCAAGAGUAUAAAAAAUUCAUCGGAGAAAAUACCCACUACAAUAGCCGAGGUAAUAGAGACGGAAAAAACCACCACCACUGCCAUCGAGGAAAAUCCCAGUAAGGUAGAAUGUAGAAAUAAUCUGGAGGAAAGUGUGUCAAAAAAAGAGGAAAAUCUUGAUGCUGACAGGAAUGUUGAAUCACAUUGCAUGGAUACGAACGUUUCCACAGAAAACCUACACCCAGCGUCAGAAAUUGAAACUCUCCAAACUUCUCCCACGUUGGAAGUAUCAGAGGACGACGGAAAACAACCCAAGGAUAAUGGCGAUGAAGAGGCUGCAUCUUUGGAUACCAACCAGCGACUGCAGAGUGAUACGAGCAACAGUCAAGCGACGAUUGAGGAAACAAUCGAUGAUGUGCACAGUUAUGCCAUAAAGGAGGAAAGUGUUUUUCGCGAAGAAGAAAAUGGGAUUAAUGUUAGUGAAAAGAACGACAAUAACAGUGAAUUGUACAGUGCUAGUGAUAAUACGCCUAGAACUGCUCCUGAUAAACAAAGUGAUGAUGAUGUACGAGAAACGAGAGCCGAGACAAAUGAAGCUGGAACUGAACCUGAACCCGUCAGUCGGGCGGGAUUGGGAGACAGAAGUGAAGACGCGCCGAAUCGCAGACAAUUUGCUUUACGGGAAAGUUGUUUAUCACGACGUUCUUCUUCCAAAUCAUCGAUCAAAAAGAAGGUAGCCUAUAACGACAGCACUGAAAUUAUCCCACUGCCAGAGUACUCGCCUGCGGUGGCAAAUGACGAUGACGAAGUGUUUUCCGACUCGAUCCCACCCAUGCUGCCGCGGGGUGACAUGUGUGCUCCCUAUGCCACCAAACGGGGCUCUAUUCCCGGUCUAGUUGCGCUGCCAGACUGGUUCGCCGAGGAUCGACUAAUGAUGGAAGAGGGUGGCAUCAUGGAACCACCAACAACGCCAAUCGGUCGUGACGAGUUGGCCCUGCGACGACAUCGGUUCUUUGCGGAGCUCCUGAAUGCGGCCCAUGCCGCAGUCGAGCAUCGGGUGCGGUUUGAUCCGCUCGGACCAACUGUGGCGACGGAGGACAGUACACACGAAGCAGAUUGUGAUCCUGACUUGAAAAACUCCCCCGCUCGGGAAUUGGAACAUCUCAUCGAUCGUCUCGAGAGAAUAGUAGAUCGUCUAGAGAGGACAGUGUCGGCACGAGAGCUCGAGGAAACCCGCCGCAUUCUGAAGGACGUUUGUAACGCGGGAAAGACUAUAUGCUCUGGAACGACAACCAACACUGAGGAAAAUACAGGAACCGAAGAGGACGAAAAAUUGCUUGACUCCAAUUCGAACAGUGAUCUGCCAACUGUUCUUCCUUCGACCCCGCCUCCAUCAGCAUCUUAUUUGCACCAGCAGUUGGACAGCCUUGAGGCGACUCUUUUCCCUGAACUGAGCAGUGUUGAAGCAUCGGUUGCUGCCAAGGAUCAACCUCAACCUGAAGUCGAACAAUCGCAAGAUACCAUACCAACAGUAAUUUCGCAAGUAGUGUUAGAUAAAUCAAUAAGUAGUAAGAAUAGUAACAAUCAAGAGCCAACUUCAGUAUUAGAAUUGACCGAUCAUCAUCCGCUACCGGACAACGAUUUCUGCGGCCCAAUCGACGCAACCCAAACAAAAGUCAUGAGCGUUAAUGCGUACGAAGACAUCGUUUGUGGCCCUUUGGCCAACUUCCUGGGUCUAUCGAAGAAGAUUGGAGGUGAUGUGGCCGCACAAGCAGACCUCGUUAAGCAGGCCUUCGAAGUGCAACUUUCCUUUGUACGAACGGCCGCUGAGUCGAGCGCUCCGUCAACCAACGACCUGCAAAGCCUGCUGAAGCCAACCUCCGAUCAGAUUGCCGCUAUCCAGGGUUACCGCGAAAAGCACCGGACAUCGCCAUAUUUCAAUCACCUGUCGGCGAUAAGUGAGAGUAUUUCCGCCCUCGGAUGGGUCUGUGUGGCACCAACUCCAGGGCCAUAUGUGAAGGAGAUGAACGAUGCUGGCCAAUUCUACACAAACCGCGUGUUGAAGGACUGGAAAGAGAAGGACACAACCCAUGUGGAAUGGGCACGUGCGUGGAUCCAGACCCUGACCGAACUGCAGCAGUACAUCAAACAGCAUCAUACAACCGGUCUGGUUUGGGCUGGUAAGAACAAACCUGCAGCCGGUGGUGCAUCUGUUCCUCCACCUCCACCUCCCGGUGGUCUCCCACCACCUCCACCGAUGAUGCCCAUGGCAGAUCUAUCCAUUGCCGAUGCAGGAGACGAUAGAAGUGCGCUGUUUGCCCAGAUAAACAAAGGAGCAGAUAUUACUAAAGGACUCAAAAAGGUAACCUCCGAAAUGCAAACCCACAAGAACCCUUCGCUUCGUUCAGGCCCUGCCCCGUACAAGGCUCCAGCCGGCAUUAGUAACGGAACGAAAUCAGUUACAGCACCAAGCGCUACGAAGCCGCCUUCCUUCGUUCGUGAUGGCAAGAAAUGGUUGAUUGAGUAUCAGAAGGGCAACUCAAAUUUGGUGGUUGAAGAUGCUGAAAUGAACAAUGUUGUUUACAUGUUCCGAUGCGAAAAUUCAACUCUUUCAAUCAAAGGCAAAAUCAACAGUGUCGUGAUGGAUUCGUGUAAAAAGUGCUCGCUUGUAUUCGACUCUCUUGUGGCAUCCGCCGAAUUUGUUAACUGUCAAAGUGUACAGAUGCAGGUCCUCGGUAAGGUUCCUACAAUUUCCAUUGAUAAGACUGAUGGAUGUCAAAUGUAUCUGUCGGCCGAUUCGCUUAAUGUAGAGAUUGUUAGCUCUAAAUCAUCGGAAAUGAACGUUAUGAUUCCGAAGGGAAAUAGCGGAGACUAUACCGAGCAACCUAUUCCGGAGCAGUUCAAAACUAUAAUUAAAGGACAGAGCCUGAAUACCACUUGUGUAGAAAGCCUUGGCUAAACUGUGCAAUUUUUCAGACAGCGGGAAGUUAUAUCUGAGGUAACAAAAAAAAGCAACAAAUUCAAUAUCAUUUCAAAACCGUGUAUUACUAAGAGAAGCCACAGUUGGGAACUUUUAUACAAAUGAUCUAGUUAAAAUAACUCACUUCCUAGUACAUAUAACUUCAUCUUAAAUACUGUCGCUAGUCAUAUCUUGAUUUCCGAAUGAAAGCGUUUGUCUGUACACUCAAUUUGUGGAGCUUCACAUCUUCGUUUAACAAACAUUAGCCACCAUUAAUCGAAUAACGCAUUUAACAUUUUUGAACACAAACAUACAUCCCCGAUCAACAUAGAUAAAAUAAUACAUGAAAUAGUAUCAAAGGAUUUGAUGUCUAAAAAUUACCACUAACGAACAUAACGUUAAUCGUUAACAUAGCAAAACAAAAUUGAUUUCGUGCGUGUAAAGUCCCCGUCUCCAAAAUUUGUUAACUUUUAACGCUUCCAAUAAUUUUGGCGCCAACCGAGGGUUCGGUUUUCGCUUCGCGAGUUCUGUAUGGUGUAUUUGGAUAUGACUACGAAUAAUCAUCUGUCAUUCGCUAGAUUAAACAAAAAAAAUAGUAUCAUAUCUAGCUUUAUUAACAAUUGAACGGAGGAACGCACUAUAUAACCUGUUUUUAUUAACGUCGAGUAAAGUUCAGCAAAAAAAAGCGAGAUAACAAACUAAAACAAUUUCAAAAUUAAUUAGAAGCUAAUAAACCAUGCAAACCAAGCAUGUGUUUUACAUAACUGAAUACACUUUGAAGGAAAUCAUUUUUUGGAACUGGUUUGUAUUUGAAAACCGUGAACAAAAAUAAAUAUUAUAAUGAUA